CUGCCUGUGCCCUGCCCGUGCCCUGCCCGUGCUCUGCCCGUCCCGCGGCGCUGCCGGCGGAGCGGCCCGGGCGGGCCCAGCACGAGGUACUGCAAUGGCUGCAGGAGUUUUGCUGCAAAAUGAACUCCCAUACUCUUCGCUGAUCGAGAGCAGUGUGUACCUUGCAAAUAUGAGCUCAGGUCUCUUAAUGUGUGAUUUUUGUGUUGAGAAGCUGCCUAGCUCUCUGAAAAUACAAAUGUGCCUUCAACAAAACUCCUGGGUGCUCGGCGCAGGGAUGCUCGGCACGGGGGUGCUCGGCUCCCGCAACUCCAGCGCUGAGCGACUCGCCGUGCCCUCGGGGUGCCCGCGGGGCCGGGCAGCCAUGCAGGGCUCGCCGCGGCGGCGCUCGGCCGUCAGCAUCUUUAGCCAUUUUUUCCAGGGUCGGAGGCAUUCCUCCUCCGACCCCCUCCUCCGCAUGAGCCAGAGGCGCCGGAGCUCGGUGGUGGAGCUGCUCUCCUCGUCCACCCACCGCGUGAUGGUGGCCCUGUCGUCCCUCAGCCCCGAGGAGCUGGAUGCAACUUUUCCCGAAAAAAAAAGUAAAGUACUUUUCAUUAAGACUGUCGGCAGCUCUGGGAUAACAGACAACAUCCUGGCUAUGGCUCGACCCUCAACAGAAUUAAUUGAAAAGUACAACAUUAUUGAGCAGUUUGAAAGAUAUGGCAUAAAAACCGUAAUUAACCUCCAGCGUCCUGGGGAGCACGCGAGCUGUGGGAAUCCUCUGGAACAAGAGAGCGGCUUCACCUACCUUCCUGAAGCCUUUAUGGAGGCUGGAAUUUAUUUUUAUAAUUUUGGAUGGAAGGAUUAUGGAGUGGCAUCUCUCACUACUAUACUUGACAUGGUAAAAGUGAUGGCUUUUGCCCUGCAGGAGGGGAGGGUGGCUGUUCACUGCCAUGCAGGACUUGGGAGGACAGGUGUUCUAAUAGCCUGCUACUUAGUUUUUGCCACAAGAAUGAGUGCUGAUCAAGCAAUUCUUUUUGUCAGAGCAAAAAGGCCUAAUUCCAUCCAGACCAGGGGGCAGUUACUGUGCAUCAGGGAAUUCACUCAGUUCUUGGUUCCCCUGCGCAAUGUGUUUGCCUGCUGUGAGCCCAAGGCUCACACAGUGACCCUGUCCCAGUACCUGACCCGGCAGAGGCAUCUGCUCCACGGCUACGAGAGCAGGCACCUCAAACACGUGCCAAAGCUGGUUUACCUGGUCUGCAAAUUGCUGCUGGACUUGGCUGAAAACAGACAGGUGGUAGAGGCGGAGCUGUUGGACAUCCCAGACCUCUCAGCUGAGAUCGAGAAGGCUGUUUCUCAGUUGGUGUCCACACAGCUCGACCAAGACCUUGCCAGGCAGGACAGCGAGAUGUCAGACUCAUCCCACACCCACUCCUCUGCUUUUGAGACCCAGGAUUCUCAUUGCUCCCUGGGUCACGAGUGUGAUUCUUUCUGUAAAAGAAGGAAUGUCGAAUGCCUUCAGCCUCUUACUCAUCUGAGAAGGCGUCUAAGCUACAGUGAGUCAGAUUUAAGGAGAACUGAGUUUCUUCCAGAACAAGACAGCACUGUCUGGACAGUGCCUGCUCAGAUAUUGCAGUGCAACAAGCUCAAGCAGAGCAGUGGUGAGGAGUGUUCUGCCCCAGGUGAACCGAAGCCCCCGCUGGAGUUACACAAAGAAGCCUUAGUGCGCAACACGUGCAUGUUCUGGAGCCAGGGCAGGUUUAAUUUGGACGGACGGAAAGAUGGAUCCUCGCUGUACCACAGGAGGGGCUCCACCAAAGAAGUCCAGCGCAGCAGAACCUUCUCUUCAGGCCUCGCUUCCAUCCACAACGCCAGGGAACCCGGAAUGGCGAGGCACAGCUUGGCCAAGGAGGUCGGUCCCAGGAGGGACCGCAAGACUAACAUGUAUGGCAGGACAGUCUACGCCUCCGAGGACUCCGAUUCUUCUUCUUCUUCCAAAGUGAACUUUUCCAUUGGCUAUGAAAGCCAGGGUAGCAGAGACGUGUCGGAGACAAUUCCACACAUUAUCGUGCAGUCAGAAUUAAGUCUGGAAGCCCGAAGAGUUUUGGCAGCGAAAGCACUUGCAGAUAUGAAUGAAUUUCUGGAAGAGGAUGAAGUGAAGCAGAAGGUAGAAACAUGGCAGAAAGAACUGAAUUCUCGAGAUGGAGCUUGGGAUAAAAUCUGCACCGAGAGAGAUCCUUUUAUCCUCUGCAGCUUGAUGUGGUCCUGGAUAGAGCAGCUUAAAGAACCUGUUAUAUCCAAAGAUGAUGUUGACAUGCUGGCAAAAAAUUGCACAGAAUCACAGGAAGCACUCUACUUGCUGAGAAAGGAGCAGUGUCAGACUAUCCUUUGUAUUUUACACUGUGUGGUGAACUUGCAGAUGCUGCCAGAUGAUGUGGAGGAGGCCUUACUUGCUCGUGCUAUUAAAGCUUUCACCAAGACAAGCUUCGAUUCUGAAAAUGGACCAUAUGUUUACAGUACCUUGAAAAAUGUGUUUAAACAAACACUGGAAGAAAAAAGGAAAAGGAUUAAGGAAGGAAUAGAGAAUCCUUCUUGAUUUCUACAAGCUCUGCCGAAGCAUUAGAUGGGCCUACCAAAUUAUUUUGCAUUUUCCAGCUACUGUAUUUUGUGCUACCUGGCAUGAUCUACCUAACUUUAGGUAAUAGUUAUUAACAAAUAAUUUUAUUUUUUUAGAGGGAGUUUUAGUGACAGUUGUUCAAUCUACACAGUUUUAAAGAAGAGCUCCUGUGUGACCAUCCUCUGUAGCAUUUGGUUUUCAGGCACUGUGCUUUUAUGUUGUGAAGGGUUCUCCUGUUCUCAGAUGUGCUUAUUGAUUUAGAAACCUCUGUUGUUGGCAAGAAACAUUAUUUUCAAGUUACACCAUUGCCAUAAGUUCAGUGCCAUGAUACACAAAGGUUUGAUGAAUUGAGUUAAUAUUUAUGGAUUACAUAUGUUUACAUUAAUGUAAAUUUCAUUUUACUUUGCAGAAAAUAAAUAUUGGCUGAACCAUUGAAA